CAUUACUUUCUAAAUCCCAAACUAAAAGAAGAAGAGGAAAAAAAAAAUAACUAAAGAAAAUAACAUGGCAGAAAAUGUUGCAUCACAGGAAAAUCAAGUCUCUAAACACCAAGAGGUUGGCCACAAGAGUCUUUUGCAAAGUGAUGCUCUUUAUCAGUACAUAUUAGAGACGAGCGUAUACCCAAGAGAGCCAGAACCCAUGAAAGAGCUUAGAGAAUUGACUGCUAAGCAUCCAUGGAAUCUUAUGACAACAUCUGCUGAUGAAGGACAAUUUUUGAAUAUGUUAUUGAAAUUGAUCAAUGCUAAAAACACCAUGGAGAUUGGUGUUUACACUGGCUAUUCUCUUCUUGCUACUGCUCUUGCUCUUCCACAUGAUGGAAAGAUAUUGGCAAUGGAUAUAAACAAGGAAAAUUACGAAGAAAUUGGUUUACCCAUAAUCCAAAAAGCUGGUGUAGCUCACAAGAUUGAUUUUCGAGAGGGCCCUGCUUUACCUGUUCUUGAUCUAUUAGUUGAAGAUAAAAAUAAUCACGGUACGUAUGAUUUCAUUUUCGUGGAUGCUGACAAGGAUAACUACAUCAACUACCACAAAAGGAUAAUAGAAUUAGUGAAAGUUGGUGGUGUGAUCGGAUACGACAACACCCUAUGGAAUGGUUCAGUGGUCGCUCCACCUGAUGCUCCAUUGAGGAAAUACGUUAGGUAUUAUAGAGACUUCGUAUUGGAACUUAACAAAGCUUUAGCGGCCGAUCCAAGGAUUGAGAUUUGUAUGCUUCCGGUUGGUGAUGGAAUUACCCUGUGCCGCCGUAUCACCUGAUUAUUCUAUUUCGUUUGUUUUGUGAAUUAUAAUGUCAUCAAUAUCUCUAUUACUAAAAAAAAAUGUAUUUCGAAUAUUGCAUUUCUCAAAUUAUAAGAAAUAUUAAGAUUUUAUUGUAUA